AACUUGAUGAGGAAUACACUUUCUUGGAAGUCAUAGUAUAUUAUGAUUAUUCCGUGAACCCUGGUCCUUUUCGAAAGUCCUUGUUAGAUCAUGUACAGCCGCACAUUUCUGAAAUAAAACAAAACGAUGAGUUAUUUUGUCGGGUUGCAAUGAAAUUGCUGAGGUUGUCAUAUGAUUUGAAAAGUCUAUUGUUUAUUUUGAACGAUGUUAUAGGAUUCGAUGAACGUCUAAAACUCAUGGUUGAAAAGAGAAUUAGGGAGUUUAUCGGGCAUGAUAACCUUUUUCAGCUAUGUAGACACCUCCAAGAGUUUCGCAACGAAAGCCGAUUUGACACAAAGAUUAUAUUUCGCGAAAGACUCUUAAAAUUACUACAAUGUCGGGACACACUGUGGGAAAAUUAUGAAAUCGUAUCUUUGAAUGACAUCCUUCAGGAACAAGAUCUUAAUUGGCCAAUCGAAGAUCUAAUGAAGAUACUCGAGUAUGUGGCGUCUUCGGAUCAACUAUCAUUGUUGCAGAAUUUUCUCGUAAUUUUGAAAUUUACAUUGGGUCAAGUUCGAGACUCUAAGUCAACCCUCAUAAAUAAAGCUUUAGCUACCUCAUAUACGUGGCUUCCAAAACUAACCACACUUCUCACUUCGAAAGGCAAUGACCCGUCCAUAUUAGCAAAAAACAUUGCAUUUGUUACACUCGCAAAUUUUUCCUCUGUGUAUGCAAUGGUUAAAGAUUGGUCACAUAUUUAUGAAGAAUUGAAGAAGAUUGUGAACAAGUUAUUAGAUCCCCUAUCUAAUUAUGUUGUUUUCGAGGUAGCUUCUUUUAUCGAUAGUUUCGAACCUGAUGUUAUAGAACACUAUGUCACUUUGGCGAAGGUUAGAUUAGAUCACGAUGUACGGAAUAUCAACGAUCACCUUUUGAAGGAUAUAAUGCUCAUAUGCGACUCCACAAGGCUACUUCAUAUAAGAAAUUGGAUCUGCGAAGAUUUACUUUAUCACAUAUUUGAUUGCUUGCAAAAAAAUGCAUUCGAAAGAUUCUACACCGAGGAUACUUACAAUCUCCAGAUUUCAGUACUGGAAUCUUCAUAUUUCUGGAAGACCAUAUUCCUCUCAAUAGGAAGUACGGAAAAACUUUUCUCACAUCCGUUUGUCAAAGAAACAAGAAAUAUCUUAAUAAAUCUGGCCACGGAAAUUACAGAAAACUCCAUAACUAUUGGAUUGCUGGAGGGUAUGCUUAGAAUUUACUCAAAUGACGAAAAUAUUUUUAUUGACCUCGUCAAUUCAGCUGUUGGAGAUCAAGUUGAACUCAUGAUGACGGAUAAUAUACUAAACACACUUCGCCACAUAUGUGUCACCUACACUACGAAAUUUUCUCGACUCGAAAAUUUUUACACGAAAUUUUGUUCCUCCUACCAGGUAGCCGAUUAUCAGAAAUACAUAAGUGAUUUGAAAAAUCGAAAAGAGAUGAUAAAUAAUACCACAAUUAAAAAUUUAUUUUCCGAUAAUCAUUGGGGAAUGCAUAUUGAAGCAAUUUCGGCCACGAAUGUGGCUUUCAAAUUUUUUGAAUCAAGAACGUUUGAAAACGUUUAUAGACUUACCUUGGAAUCAAAAACGAGUGAAUUAAAUGUUAAAGUUGUUACCAAAGAGAUUAUCAGAAAUGCAAUUGACGAUUAUACUAAAGCUUGCCAAGAAUACAAAAACUGGAAAAAACUUAAAUAUCAGGAAGUCAAAUAUUUCUGGAGUGAAAUAAAACCCGAGCACGUUGAUACUGAAUUGGAAUUUUUACUUUCCAAUUGCAACAUUAUCAAAGGUACUGAGCAUGAAAAAAAACUGUCCACUACAAUCGAACAUUUGGUGGAAAUCCCAGUGUGGAGUAUUCGAAUGGAACAUUUGAUUGAGAUGCUAGAAAUUUUCGAAUAUCCUAUUGUCCAUAAAUUCGGGCCGAAUGAAUUAUUAAAAAAGUUAAAAGACGAUAAUUUAAUUCUCGAGAAACUAAUCCCCAUGUUAAAAGACCUAAAGAAUUCUAUAGAUCACCACAAGGUAUCGAACAACACCUGGAAUGCCAUGACGGAAAUAUUGGCAUCUCGUGAUUUUAUCAUAUUUCUCAGGUCUUUGGUUGGUCAUGAUUUGAAAAAUUUGAUUAACGGUGUAGAUGAUCAUUCAGAUGAAAGAUUAAUGCAAGCAGAUACUGUGUCCACCUUUAUUCAAGUUAAAUCAAUCUUGGAACCGCUCUUAGAUAGAGGAUCUAAGGAUUCUUCUAACAAUUCGAUAAAUGAAUUCUUGUUGAAAUUUUUGAAGGUUACAGAGGGUAACCCAUUACUAGUCAGCAAAGUAAGGCUCUGCAACUCAAAUCACCAGGCAUUGAAGAAUAUGUAUGAAAACCUUUCAAAACGUGGGGAGAUAACAAAACAACGAAUCAAGAAUUGUGUCGUAAAAGGAACGUACGAGUUCACGAGUUCGGAAACUGACGAACAAAGUUGCACAGCGAAACUAUCGUAUCCUAGCAAUAAACCCGACAGAACUUUGAUGACAUACAGUUUUUCAGAUUUGCAAGAUUUAAGGGGACGCGCCCUUUUAAUUGCGAAGGCACCUGUUACAGCGAAAACGACCGAUGAUGAUAAUUGUAAAACCGACGAGAUUACGGCGGAUGACAUGAAUGAAUUUGUCAUUCAAGUUGAUCUCGCACUUCAAAUCAUUAACGUCGCAUCUGCUUUGAUCGAACGACAUUUCACAUAUCGAAGAUUUAAGGUUUCAACUUCUUCCACAAAUGAUAUGGUAAAGCUAUUUAAAAUUUUAACGGCUGACCUACAGGAAUGGGAAGAAAUUGUGAAUGUGGCACAGAAAGAACAUUACUACUUAACUUUUUAUCCGGCUCGUCACAUUUUAAGUUUUUAUGACUACUUCUUCUUUAAAGACAAAGAUGAUCGUAAAAUGGAUGUUAUCAAGGAUAGAUGCGAAAAACUUUUACGAUUUGUGAGUGAUGAAGCCGAGCUGCCAUCUCCCGGAGAGUUUGGUGAACAUGUUUCUCGCGAAGAUAACUUUUUGGAAAUUUUACAAGUUAUCGGAAACAUUUUAAAUCGCUUGUUCAGCAAUGUCCCACCACGAAGGCGGUUGAUCACAAAGGAGAUCGAAAGGAUUGCUUCCAAUUUAGUAAAACCAGGUCAACUCUAUGUUGCUGCUUGUAACGAUGAAUUUAGUGUGCCUAAUAUCAUCAUGAGCUUAUUUUCAAAUUAUGACUACUAUCCGGAACCUUGGCAAAUUUUAAUAUGCAAAGCGUCAACUAAAUUAGAGGAAUUAAUAACUUUUACCAAGCGAUGCUUCUUUGCUUUUAGGAACGGGUAUGGAAAAUAUCUAUUUUGCAUUGCCAACGUAGAAAUUCUCGAAUUCGAACUCCAGUACCAAUUGGUCAACAGCAUUCGUUCACUUUCUUUGUUAGAAAAGAAAUUUCAUAUAGCCUUAAUAUGUUGUCGUCGAGAAAAAGAAAUGCACCACCACAUCCUCGAACAAUUCCAUCGAAAUGUUCAUUUCGUCACCAAAGGGCUAGGUGCUGAAUCCAUGAAUAGAAUCUAUCAGGAAUUGUGUCCAAAUGUGAAAUGCGUUUCAUCAGAUUUAUCCGGACAGGGAAAAACUGAGUGGAUAAGGAAAGUUAGUUAUCAGGGAAGAUGGAUCCCACGGAGUUUAUUAAUAAGUGAUGGUGUUAGAUUUACAAGCCUUGUUCGUCUAUUAUCCGAACUCAAACUCAAAACAUUUGAGAGCCUUCAUAUGAACAUUGUAUUAAUAGAUCAUGCUUACGACGUAAACAUGUUAUUGUUUGAGUUACUCAGUUUGGGAAUGGCAUCCAACGGAAACGACAUAGUGUGUUUACCGUCCACUUUAAUUUUUAUCGAAGUCGCUUCUACCUUGAAUCAAUAUCUUCUCAACUCUCUACCUCUAACUGGUUAUUUGUCAAGACAUCAUAUUUCAUGGAACAUAAAUGAAUUAAUUGUAUCCCAGCAAUAUAAUAGUCAAAUUCAAAUAGUUUCAAGGUACUUGGAUGCAUAUGAUCGUGAUGUAAUUGAUCAGACGAACAUACUUUUUAACAAAUCGCAAGCGGCUGAGAUCAUCCUUCCUCCUGAACGUUGCCAACAAUUGCUUCAAAAAUACUUCUUUGAUAAGAAAGCCAAAGAUGUUGCAUCGUUUCGAUUCCUUGAAAUAUUUCUUGAAAUGUUUGCUGAUCAAUUGGUUCGAAUGUCGAAGAGUACCUUCUUUCGAGUUGAAGAACUGGAAUUGAUGGUCAGCGAUCAGAAUAUUAGGAAAACCCUAUUGGAAACUUUACUGACCAUAUCUAUGGAAUUUGCUACGAGGUCAAUUGACACUAAAGCUGAACAAAUGAAAAAUUUAUUUGAUGACAAGAAUGCGGCUCUUGGAACUAUAAAACCCUGGGAAGAUUCUAAUCAUCUGCUAGUGGUGUUUUUAUCACAAACUCCAGACUCAAUAUGUGCUCUGUACAGGAGUAAAGAUUUGGUGCCUGAAAACGUGGUAGGCUUGUUAAGAAGCCAACAUGUGACAUGCACAAAUUUUUCGUUAGAGGAUUUUGAACAAAUGUCCUCCAAAGACAUUUUGAGAAAGCUGGAGUGCCUCGCAAGAACUACGCUCGAAAAACAAGAAUAUCCCCCAUACGCUUUAUCGGUCGAAAAUUUACUGAAAAUGACAUUAAUUCUUUUGAGAACUCGUGCCUGUAUUCCCGUAGUCGUUUGUGGUGAGGCCGGAUGUGGAAAGACAAGUUUGAUUAAAUUCUUAGCUUUGAUGGUUAAAGUUGAGUUUAGGGCGCUCAACCUGCAUGCUGGC